GGUGGUGGCGGCGGUGGGGUGGCGGGAGCGGAGCGGUAUGGCCACGGCGGCUUCUAACCCGUACCUCCCCGGGAACAGCCUCCUGUCGGCCGGCUCCAUCGUGCACUCGGACGUCGGUGGUGGGGGCGGCGGCGGGGGCGGAGGCGGCGGCGGGGGCGGCGGCGGAGGCAUGCAGCCGGGAAGCGCCGCUGUGACCUCGGGCGGCUACCGUGGGGACCCGUCCUCAGUCAAGAUGGUCCAGAGCGACUUCAUGCAAGGGGCUAUGGCCGCCAGUAACGGCGGCCAUAUGCUGAGCCACGCUCACCAGUGGGUCACGGCCCUGCCCCACGCCGCCGCCGCCGCCGCCGCCGCCGCCGCCGCCGUGGAAGCGGGCUCGCCUUGGUCCAGCAGCGCUGUGGGCAUGGCCGGCAGCCCUCAGCAGCCGCCGCCGCCGCCGCCGCCGCCACCCCCGCAGGGCCCCGACGUGAAAGGAGGCGCCGGGAGAGACGACCUGCACUCUGGCACAGCGCUGCACCACCGAGGGCCGCCCCUCGGCCCCCACCGCCGCCGCCCCCACCAAGGCCACCUGGGCGGCUGGGGCGCCGCCGCCGCCGCUGCUGCCGCCGCCGCCGCCGCCGCUGCAGCCGCGCACCUCCCGUCCAUGGCCGGGGGCCAGCAGCCGCCACCGCAGUCUCUGCUCUACUCGCAGCCCGGGGGCUUCACGGUGAACGGGAUGCUAAGUGCCCCUCCAGGGCCCGGAGGGGGCGGUGGAGGAGGUGGCGGCGGUCAAAGCCUAGUGCACCCGGGGCUGGUGCGCGGAGACACACCAGAGCUGAGCGAGCACCACCAUCACCACCACCACCAUCCUCAUCCGCCGCAUCCGUCGCACCCACACCACCCGCAGGGACCCCCUCACCACGGAGGGGGAGGCGGCGGCGGCGGAGGCCCGGGACUGAAUAGCCACGACCCUCACUCUGACGAAGACACGCCGACCUCCGACGACCUGGAGCAGUUCGCCAAGCAGUUCAAACAGCGACGGAUCAAACUGGGAUUCACGCAGGCAGAUGUGGGGCUGGCCUUGGGCACCCUCUACGGGAACGUGUUCUCGCAGACUACCAUCUGCCGCUUCGAGGCCCUUCAGCUGAGCUUCAAAAAUAUGUGCAAGCUGAAACCGCUACUGAACAAGUGGCUGGAGGAGGCCGACUCGUCCACCGGCAGCCCCACCAGCAUCGACAAGAUCGCAGCCCAGGGCAGAAAGAGGAAGAAGCGGACCUCCAUCGAGGUGAGCGUCAAAGGAGCCCUGGAGAGCCACUUUCUCAAGUGCCCCAAGCCUUCGGCUCAGGAAAUCACCAAUCUGGCCGACAGCCUGCAGCUGGAAAAGGAAGUGGUGAGAGUCUGGUUCUGUAACCGGCGGCAGAAAGAGAAGCGAAUGACACCCCCAGGGAUCCAGCAGCAAACGCCCGACGAUGUCUACUCGCAGGUCGGCAACGUGAACGCGGACACGCCGCCCCCACAUCACGGACUGCAGACUAGCGUGCAGUGAAGAUGGAGAGAAAUGAGAGAGGGAGAGAAAGAGAGGGAGGCACCAACCACUGCAGCCGCAGCCGUCGCCUCCGCAGCUGCCGCCAGCCACCGCCAGCCGCCACCACCAUCGCCAGCAACCGCUGCCGCCGCCGCCGCCACAACAAAAUCAGCAGCAACAACAACGAGAGGAGAAAAAUAUCCAUCCCCCUCUCGUCCCCCACCUCCUCUGCCCCCCCAUACCUACAUACGUGCACACAUUUUUGUAAAAAGGAAAGAAAAAUAGACUAGAGUCCGGAGGAGAAAAGCACCAAAAUAAAAGAAAAUGGGGGCAAAGAAAACAAGAAGCUUAAUAAAAAUCCAGACUGUUCAGACUGGUGUGUGUGUAUGUGUGUGUGUGUGUGUGUGUGUGUAUAUAUACACACACACACACACACAUACAUAUAUAAAUAAUGGGAAAAUAUUUGGAGAAAAGGGGGGAACGAUCAAAGCGAACGCGUUUAUAUACUGUGGUGGUUUUUCUUUUUUUUAAUGGGGGAGGGGGGAGAUGCAUUCUGCGCCAGAACUACAGAUGUGGGGUUUCCCCCUAAAUUAUCUCCUGUUGAAGCGGUGGACAGGACAGCGCCCACCUCGAUACUUCUCUCCUCUCCUCU